GACUUAGGUAAAAUGAUUAAGUCAGCGGAGGUAUAAAAGCCAGAACAAUUUGCUUUAACGUCACUUAAAGCUUUUCGAAACGUAUGAUAACACGAAAAUAGAAAAAGCUUAAAACUUUAAAAUAUUAAGGGAGAUUUAAUUUGAUAUAUCGUUGGAUUCUAUAUAUUAUUUAUAUUUAAAACGUGAUUCAACGCAGAGAGAAGAAAUAGAUCAACAUGUCGCUUACGGUAAAAGCGUUUUUACAUAAGGAUGGAAAGUGGGACGGUGAAAUCCGUCGGUUCCAGAUCCCUGCCGACGUGUCGUCAAGUUAUGAUUACUUGAGCAAGAAACUCAGCGACAUCUUCCCAGCAUUGAGACAGGGGAAUUUUUCCCUCUUCUGGAAAGAUCCCGACGGAGAUCAUGUGUCUUUCUCCACCGACGAAGAGCUGAUGGAAGCCCUCGGAUUUGUGUCCGACAGCGUAUUUAAAGUCUUCAUCGUGCAGAAAGAGGGCCAGCAGAAUUCUGCCCCUAGCGGUGAAAAUGAGGCGGUUCACCCAGGUGUAAUCUGUGACGGAUGUGACAUGCGCCCGAUAUGUGGUCCCAGGUACAAGUGCCUUGUCUGUCCGGACUAUGACCUCUGCAAAAACUGCGAGGCGAGCGGUAUGCACGUGCAACAUGAUAUGAUGAAGGUAACUGCACCCGGAAACCUCCCAGGAGGAUUCCCAGGCUUCCCAUUCGGUGGACCACCCGGAUCCCAUGGACCAGGACCCCAGGGUCCGUUUGUACCCCCACCCCACUUCCGGCGCUGGAUGCAGCGUUUUAUGAAGAGGUGGCACAAUAGAAACGCCCAAGGAUGUGAGGGCGGACCAUGUGGACGGAAGGAGGGAGAACAGGAAGAAAAGAAAGAAGAACAGAAGAUGGAGGAGGGACCCGAGGGUCAGGAUUCUGGAGAAUCUAGUGGAGAGGAAUACCUGAGAAAUGUAGGGGAGGCAGUCGCUGAGAUGCUUGAUCCUUUCGGUAUUGACGUUGAUAUAGACGUUGAGACACACAACCGAGGAGAGAAAGCUGACGAGGAUGAGGAUGGUGAAAAGGGCGAGAAGAAAGGAAAGGGUGGAAUGGGGCGUGGGCGUGCCCGUGGCCGUGGAGGACCACAUGGAAAGCGUUUUCGAUCUGGGCCACCAUGUGGUGCUGCAGGACCCUGGGGAAUGUGGGGCUGGAUGGGAGGCUGUCCAAUGGGACCUCCACAAGGGCAUUGCCGAAGGAACGGUGGACCCGCCGGACCCUUUGGUCCUGCUGGGCCAUUUGGACAGGCGGGACCAUGUGGACCAUGUCCGGGUGGAAAACAUGAAAAGCAAGGAAAACGUAAUGCGGGAGCUGCAGACAAGCCGCAGAACAAAGCCACUGAAAAACCUAAAGAACAACAGGAACCAGCCAACCUCAUGGAUGUUGCCGACAGUGCCGACUCCCAGCGUGCAAAAUCACCAACCCGCAUGGAAGCUGAGCCAAGUGGUAAAAAACCGGAUGACAAUGCUUGGACUUUGCUGAAUCUCAGCGGAGAACCUGUUGGGAACCCAACACCACAACCUGAGGUCCCAGUUUCACAAGCACCUCCUCAGAGCACCGUGCCAGGUCCGUCUGCCCCGAUAUACCCGCCAGCAGAUCCUAAGAUAGCCGAAGCCCUCCAGCAAAUGAUGGCAAUGGGGUUUAAUAAUGAAGGAGGUUGGUUGACCAGUCUCCUCGAGGCCAAAAAUGGGGACAUCAUUCAAGUACUUGAUGCUAUCAGGCCCCAGCAGCGCCCCCAAACAUCUGAUGGCGGCACUCACGCCUAAAAAGCAGAGGACGGCAAACAGCAGACGACAUUUUUCUUAUAUAGACACUUAUAUAUAUUGUGACAUCAAUACCCUGACUUUUUUACUGAACGUUUGGUUACAAAGAUUGAACCAUGUGAAACUGACUGGUGAAUAUUAUGAAUUCUAAAGAAAGUAGACUUUUAUCUCUGAACGAUGUCAAUAUUUAAACAUUACUUUAAAUUGUAAUCGAAUUGUUGGUAUAUAGAAUGAUAAAUAUUAUUUUUAUACUAUUCUAAAAACAUAUUAGAACUGAAUUGGAAUUGCUGAAAGGGGAAAGAUAUUUAUAUUGAUCAUUCUCAUAUUACUAUGGGAUUCGUUGUAUUUUCAUGUUCAUAACUACAAUUACCUAGUGAACUUAUCCUUUUGUCUGUACAUUUAUUUGUAAAUGUUGAUGGUUAAGCACAGUUGUUGUUAGUAAUUUCGUCGAACAGAAUGUAUUAAAAAACACUUUCAAUACAAGUUUCAGUGCACAACGCCAGUCAACAUAUUGGGACGGAUUUUAAAUAUUUUAGUUUAGUAAAAAGAACUUUUCCCUUUAAAGUGAUAAAAUGGUUACAUUUCACUGUUUUGUGCUUUUUUUUGUCAUUUAUAUAUAGACACUACUAGUAUAUAUUUGUGUUGUAAACUGUAUACUUUGUUAAUUAUUAUACAGAUUGUCUUGUUGGUCUGCUGUCAGCCAUAUAUAUUAGAAACCUGUUUGCACGAGAUGGUUACACUUUUUGCGGAAAUAAAUAACUUUGAAAACAA